CCUAUUUUUUCACAAACUCACUGAGAAUUGUUCAUACAAACUAACUAUCAAUGGCCGCAAGCGCACUGUACAGUGGAACUGUGUUUGUUCCUCCUCUCUCCCAUAAAACUCCUAAACAUGUUCGCUCUAUCUGCUUCAAUCCUUCUAUUAGCCUCCCUAGGUCAAGAUUUUGUGCAAUAGUGGCAGCACCAUCGCUUUCUCGUCGGGUGUUUAGAGUACAUGGGUUGAUGGAUGAUGAAUCUGGGACUGCCCCAAAACCAGAAUCACCAAAUUCUGAAGGGAGUGCUAGUAUUGACUUGAAGCUUCCAAGACGAAGUUUGCUUGUACAGUUUACAUGUGUGUGUGGUGAAAGAACAAAGAGGCUAGUGAACCGGCUAGCUUAUGAAAGGGGUGCUGUUUUUGUUCAGAGUUGCAGUUUUGGAAAUAUAAUUAUAGGUGGAAAUGAAGCUGAUACUUUGGGAAAAGACCAAGGGUUAAAUGCAAUAUAUGAUGUUUUGGACAGAGUUCAUACAACCACAUAUAAGGAACUGUGAAAAUUAGGUCAAAUACAGAAGAAGGGAGGGUUGAGUUGUCCAUUAAUUUUUUUUGCAAUAAUUAGGUCCAGUAAUUUGCAAGAACAAUUUUUGACAUGGUGAAAAAGAGGUUUUUAAGUCUGAUGAUUGAUCGAAUGCAAUUUU